AUGACCGACGAAGGCUUGCGUGGGAGAAGGCCGAGGUCGUGGUGUCCGUGUGAAGUUAUUCAAGUGAGAAGGGUGCUUGGUGUAGUGAUGGCUGCAAGUGAGGGGCGAGAGGGCUUUGGUGGAGCCGUGGGCAAGGGGAGUGAGCUUCGAUAUGAGGGAGAGAACUCGAGUUUUGGUGUCUAUGGCGAGCUG